UAGUAGCUUAUCCAGUGUAGUAGCUUCUCCAGUAAGCAGGAGCCAUGGCGGGGACAGAUGCAGCAAUGCCCACUAAUCUGUUUGUGCCCUAGAAGCUUAAGCUGCUGCUUUUGCUCAUGAAAUCAGAUGAAAGGGGGUUUUGCAAUUAGAUAGAAAUCCUUACUGAACUGGACCAACACACCAGGCAGCUUGGAGUGCAUAAGAUUCUGUGUGUCUUUCCACAUAGGCUGGAAACAAUAGCCUGUUCUCUGGAGAUUAGUGAAGCAGAAAGCCAUGGAAGGUGAGGCUUGUCUCUGGGAGAAGGAAGCCGUGUUUAGUUAAUUCUCACCUCUCCGCAAAGUCACUCAUUAAACAAAUGUCUGCUGCACGCAUGUGAACUUCCAGGGAUCUGCAGGGAAGCAGGGCAAUGUCUCACUGCUGCGGUGGAUAAACAGCACCGACCGACUGCGCAAGGGGCCAACAACAGCCCAUGUUAGUGUUUCAUGUGCUUAGAUAAAAUGAACCAUUAAGACAUUUCUUCUGGAAUGGAUUCAGGCGACACUGAUUUUCAGGAGGACUACAAGUCGCCUUUUAAUUUUGACACUGGAGUUAACACAAAUUAUCUGUAUUUGUCUCCCCGGCCAAACGCCACUCCUCCAGAUUCCCCUACACUACUGAGAGCGGAUUUGCUGAAAGCAGAAUCUGUUCCGGAAGGAGAAGAUGUAGCUGCACCAGAAGCAGAAGUAUUAUCCGAGGAGGAGCAAGAAAAACUCAGAAAAGAGCUUGAAAGGGUAGAAGAGGAAAUACAGACCCUGAGCCAAGUGUUGGCAGCAAAGGAGAAGCACCUUGCGGAUAUCAAAAGGAAACUUGGAGUCACUCCCCUGUCUGAACUGAAACAGAACAUUUCCAAAGGGCUACAUGAUGUUACCUCCACCACUGUAUACAAGAGGACAUCAGAAACUCUGUCCCAUGCUGGGCAGAAGGCCUCUGCUGCCUUUUCCUCUGUUGGCUCUGUCAUAACAAACAAGCUACAGGAUGUAAAUAUACGCUCUAUACAGCAUUCAAUUAGCAUGCCUGCCAUGAGAAACUCGCCCACCUUCAAAUCUUUCGAAGAGAAAGUUGAAAAUCUAAAGUCAAAAGUUGGUGGAAACAGACAAUCUGCAGGGGAUUUUGAAGAAGUCUUAAACUCCGCAGCCAAUUGCAGUGCCACAGAGCCCCUGACAGAGAACGAUCUGGAGACCCAAUAAAAGCCGAUGCCAAAAUGCUGCAAGAAAACCUUAAAACACAUUUCUGGCAUCCACGUUUCCCAACAGAUCUUUCCCUUUUCUCCAAGUUACCUGUUUCAUCUACUGUAUGGAUGUUCAGCCUUCUCCCUUGAUUCUUGCUUCAGUACAACUCCCAGCAUGCUCAACAUUUGAGCAUGCUGGGAGUCGUAGUUCAUUAACAGCUGGAGAGUUGUAGGACUCUUCGUUUCUUUUAGCUGUUAACCCAUUCAGCACUAAAGGAGUUUAAGAUCAUAUAUUGUCACUUUUUAUUGUUGGAAAAGGGACUUUUUAUGCUUCAUUUCCUGUACGUUGUUCCUUGUAACUGCCAAGAGUUUCCUUACACUGGAAGCACAAUUUUCUCUGUUACACUAAAGAAAGCAAAUAAAUUUGUGCGCUAAAUCUCG